AUGGAUCCCAAAGCCAGACGUCCAGACCGCUACGUUAUCUUCUCCCUCAUUACCCUCCUUGUGGCAGUCAUUUUAGGCGCACGAUGGUACUCGGUUGCUCAGUCGCAAGGUUCGGUGGCCUUGGAGGUCAGUACCUCUAUCAUCAACCCUCUGACAGCAGACUUGAGAGAGCUACAGGGCUUGCUUGGAAAUGGGACUUUGCGAAGUGUUGAUCUGGUACGGUUGUAUACAGACCAGAUUCAGAAACAUGACGACUAUCUGAACGCAAUGAUCAAUUUCAGACCAUUACAGAGUGUCCUCAAAGCUGCUGAGAGGCUUGAUAAAGAGCGAUCUGAAGGGAGCAUACGAGGCCCUUUACAUGGCAUCCCAAUUGUGAUCAAAGACAACAUUGAUACACACCCCGAACUUGGCUUUCAGACCACUGCAGGGAGCUAUGCGCUCGCGGAUUCCUGGCCGCAAAAAAAUGCCCGCAUAGUCGACUUGCUGAUUGCGGCCGGAGUCAUAAUUAUUGGCAAGGCGAAUUUGAGCGAAUUGUCAAACUACAAGUUUGUGCGACCACAAGCGCCCAGGGUUUCUGCGACUGACAAAUGGUGUAGGGGCCAGAAUAUAACAAGCGGCUACUCUGCUGUUGGCGGCCAAGUCCAGUCCGCGUACGUCCGUGGCGGCGUCGAUCCAGACGACGGCAGCAACGGUCAUAGCAAUCCGUCUGGAUCCUCUGCUGGCUCAGCUGUCGCGGUUUCAAUGGGCUACAGCCCUUUCGCCAUCGGCACCGAGACCGACGGCUCGCUCGUCCUACCAGCAGCCAGAGCCGCACUGUAUACAAUCAAGCCGACAAUCGGCCUGGUCCCGCAAGCAGGAAUCGUCCCUAUCUCACCAAAUUUCGACACAGCUGGCCCUAUGGCUAAGACUCCCUAUGACCUGGCGGUGCUCCUGGAUGCAAUAGUUGAACCCGAGCGAAAGCUUCCAAGCUAUACCUCUGCCUUGACACAGAGCUGGGGUGAUAUUUCUGUUGCUACACUAGAUCCCCAAGUCUGGAGACUCCCGGAUUCCUGGAUGCGACAAGUCGAAAACGCAACGCAGCAAAUGAACAGAGAGAUCCGACGGGCGUACGCCACAAUCGAGACACUGGCUAAAUCAUAUGCGGGCAAUGUGCCUCUGAUCAGUCACGAUGCCUUUGAUCUAAACGGCCAAAACAGUGAGACUGUAGUUAUCGCUGCCGACUUUGUGAAAGCUAUUAAUGCCUAUCUCGAAACUCGAGUCAAUUCCACAGUUCGGAACCUGAAGGAGCUCAUCGAAUUCAACGAGCAACACGCGGAGUUGGAACUUUCUCCCUAUUCUCCGAACCAGGAGCGCCUAGUACGAGCUUACAAACAGUCGAUCACUGCGGAAGAGUAUGACGCUCACUUCAAGCACCUCCGAGAUGUGGCUAGAAAUAAGGGCAUAGACUUUAUUCUCGACACGUAUAGAGUUGACUUGAUCAUGGCACCAGCGGAUAGUCUGCUGAUCAACUAUGCAGCUUGCGGUGGGUAUCCAAUUGCCACAUUGCCACUGUCGUAUCUCGACUACAAUGGCAGACCAUUUGGCCUUUCGGUAAUUGCCCGUGCCGGUCAAGACGCGCUGUUGAUCAAGGCCCAAAGCGCCUGGGAGGCUACAUUCGGCGCCCGGAAACCGCCUUCAGCCAUGAAUUGCACCUCGUCGAAACUCUAG